UUCUGACAAAAAGGUCACAGGACUCGAAAUGUUAACUCUGUUCCUCUCUCCCGUUGGUUCCCUCCGGCAAUUGUUUGUGGUCUCUGCACUUUGAAAAUAAAACUCUAGUCUCCUCUACGCUGUGGCCAUCCCGGGACAGGCCCGGCACGGAGUCAGAGAUUGUCAUGGAUCAGUUUGACAUACGGACAGGCCACAAUGUGGCUGUCAUCUGGGACUAUUCAACCACUGCUGAUUCACAGACCAUACUUGUGCAAGAAAUUCGGGCAGUCACAGGCCAAUCGGGAUAUGUGGCAAUGGAAAACAUCGACAGACUGCAGAUUUCUGCCCACAGGGAAUCAACCUUCGACCUUGUGCUGUCAGGCACCGUGCGAAGCUCUGCUACAGUGCACAGUUUUGAAAUCUUUGCUGAAGUCGCUCGAAUCCUGAAGCCUGGAGGGAGAUUUUACUUCACAGAACCCAUAUGUAUAUCAGGUAACUCCAAACUGAAGACUGGCUCGCAGCUCACCUCCAGCCUAAAACUUGCAGGCUUUACAGAGAUCACUGAGAUACAGUCUGACCCGUUAACAGAUGAAGAACUGAAUUCUAUAAAACAAUUUGUUGACUACAAGGGUAAUGAUUUGACUAAGGUGAUGUUGAGGGCGAAGAAGCCAGACUUUGAAAUUGGGUCAUCUGCUCAACUGAAACUAUCGUUUGUCACGAAAUCGAAAACGGUGGAUGAGAAACCGCAGCUGGACCCCAACACGAAGAAGGCUUGGACCCUUUCAGCCAUUGACAUGAAUGACGACGAUGUGGAUCUUAUUGAUUCUGAUGAACUGCUGGAUGAAGAUGAUUUGAAGAAACCGGAUCCCGCCUCGCUGAGAGCUAUGGACUGUGGAGACGGCAAGAAAAAGAAACGGGCCUGUAAGAACUGUACAUGUGGCCUGGCUGAAGAACUGGACGGGAAAGGAUCCACAGAUGUUAAGAAACUGCAGGUGAAAUCGUCGUGUGGAAGUUGCUACCUUGGUGAUGCGUUUCGUUGUGCCAGCUGCCCUUACAUGGGGAUGCCUGCCUUUAAACCUGGUGAAAAGAUCUUGUUAGCUGACCAGACUCUCACCGACGCCUGACUUGCUUCGAGUGGGAUUUGACGUGUCGUGACGCAGUGUGUUUCACUGCAUUGCAAUCUUGAGAUAGAUGUUCUCUCUGAACUGAACUCUGGGCUGUUUGUUCUUCUGUUUCCAGCAGAGUGAUUGAACUCUGCCUUGAAUCGGGUACGUUCAGAUGGAUUUGGCAGUCCCAUUCUGACCAACAGGUUUAUUUGUAAUUUGUGUGAAGUGUUUUCUGACACCAGAGGAAUAAAUGUGACAUGUUUCACUGUUCUCUCA